AUGGCGCGGGCAAAUACCAUCGGAAUAAACCUCUCCGGUCCACCUCGCGUCGCGUCCUCCACCAACGUAACACAAAGCCUAGAGCAACAACGUCUUGAUCUACUCGGUCCGGUAUACUUACUAGAAUGGCCGAGCGGGCAACGGCACUGCACCCGAACGCAUCUCGGAGGCGCCUCGGAGCUGCGCGCUAGUCUCCGGCGAGAGGGACGUAACUCACCAGGACACACGCGCAGGCUAUUUGUCAUUCACGGAUUACCUUCGGAUUGUCUAGAUGUUCUGAAGGAGGCGCUUAAUAUCGAUGCGCGGUUUGUUGAUGCGCAUGUCGGUAGACGGAUAUACCGACCCCUGACGAAACGAAGACGAGUAAGGGAUGAGGCUUUUGGGUUUGCUUAUUUUGAGUAUCCGGAGCUGCUCGCGUCGGCGACGGCCGAUGGGCAUAUCUCACUGGCGGACGGUGUUCUUGGAGGACCACCUGUGCAUAUGACAUCAGCAGAUGGGCAAGCUGUGAUGUUUUGCCAUGCUUCGUUGUGGUUAAGUCCCAAGGCAGACGUUCUCCUCGUAGACCGUCCGAUAUGGACGCGACCAUCAUCGUAUUUCCAAAAAGCGCAUUAUCGCUCAUCAGGCGCAAGCCCUGCUUUCGGGGAACCUGGGACAAGUAGCGACACAUUGCAUAACGAACACACCAACACUCUAAACGGUGAAGAAAUCCCAUGUUUCGAGACUUUGCUAUACGAAACCCUAGCAGAACAAGCCAACGAUUCCGUAGACGUAGACGUACGAUCACUCGUCGAAGACGUAACCCUACACCAAUGGAGUGGAUUCUUUGAAAUCCUAUCCACGGACUUACCAGUCGGUGCAAUUGAAACGACAGCUCUAUACUGGCAAGCGCAAAAGAGCCUUGAGCGAAACCUGAGUGACUCGCAGUUCCACGAUCGAUCAUAUCACUCUCUUGAACCCUCAUCAACGACCGGGGAGUGGGAAGCGCUUCUCUCACGUCUCGGACGACGCGCCACACUAUUAAACCAACUGAAUCCUAUCGUCACCAACAUCCAACUACCUUCCGAGCAAACACAACCACCUUCGCAGCAAGAACAACCUACAAACCCUAUUACAAUAGAAAACGUCCCAACCUUCAUCCCCCGCCGACGCCGCCGAACCCGCGCCCGGGGCCCAUCAAACACCAACAACGGCAAUAGCAGUUCCGACGACGACAACAAACACAGUCUCGACCGAGUAUCCUACAUGGGCGGAGUCCUCCUCCCCCUAUCCAUAGUCUCCAGUAUCCUAUCCAUGAGCGACCCCUUCGGUCCCACCGGGAACCAAUUCUUCGUCUUCUGGGCGGCUUCUAUACCUCUAGUCCUAAUCGUCUUACUCAUCAUCUACGCUGACACGAUUCGAAAAGCCGAGGUCUGGAUCGAAGUCGCUAGUAACGCUUCCAGUUCUGAAACAGCUAUUGGAGAAAAACCACAUGAUGAGGAAGCAGGGCAGGCUAUGCCGUAUAGUGAGACGAUACAAAUAAGUGCACCACCAACGACUAGAGUGGGGAUUUCGUCGCUUAGACCGGAGAAUGAGGAGGAUGGGGAUGAAUAUUCUGAAGGAGAAAGUUUUGAUGAGCCAUCUAUGAUGGUGGAGAAACUGUUCAAAAACGGUGGGAAUAGGAAGUGGCGCAAAGAACAACUCGGUUGGACGGGUGCAUGCAAGACGGCCUUCCGCAUUUACAGGCUCAAGAAAGGCAAGCCGCCCAACUGGGUGGGUGAAACGAGACAUGGGAGGACGCUUUAG